CACAGGCCGGCGAGCGCUGAGAAACGUUGACACGAUGUCCGACAGAACGGAGGUGAACCUGAGCGGAGUCAAACAGAGCAAAGGCGUGUGGCUCGUCAAGGUUCCAAAGUAUUUAUCUCAGCAGUGGGACAAGGCCACGGAGAAGGGGGAAGUUGGAAAGAUUACCAUUGGAAAGAAACAAGGCAAAACAGAGGUGUGUUUCAGCCUGAGCGCGGAGCUGAGUGCCCUGCACAGUGCUGUGGGGGAGAAGGACGGAGCACUGCAGGUCCCGAGGGAGCAUCCCUUCACCAUGCACACAGUGGGUGGACAGACCAUGGCUGUUUUCAGCCAGAGCAGCACAGACGAGCUCAGUCUGGAGGGGAUGGUGGUGCACAGAGCUGAAUGCAGGCCAGUCGUCAAUGACAACUACAUGAAGCUGAAGAAGUUGCAGCUCAAAGAGUCCACCAAGCCUCAGCGUCUAUCCCAGCAGCUAGAGAGAGCCAUCACCACGGUCUUCAAGCCGGUGGCCAACCACGAUUUCAAUCUGGAGUAUGAGAAGAAGAAGAAGUCGGAGGGGAAGAUGGUGAGGGCCGAGCGCCAGGUCGUGUUGGACAUGCUCUUCUCCACCUUCGAGAAGCACCAGUAUUACAACAUCAAGGACCUGGUGGACAUCACCAGACAACCUGUGACCUACCUGAAGGAAAUCAUGCGGGAGAUCGGGACGUACAACAGCAAGGGAGCUCACAAGAGCACCUGGGAGCUGAAGCCCGAGUACCGACACUACCAGUCUGCCGAGGAAGAGGAGGAGACGAAGGCCGCCUAGAGCCUGUCCCGCUGAGGUUCGUCUCAUCACACGAGGAGAGAGUUCAGCUGCUUACUGUUGGAAAAGGAUUUCAGCUUUUUCAGGGACUUUCAAUUGGAAAAACACUUAAUCAGACAUGCAGCUACUGUGUGUUUUGAGUUUCUUGGAAUUUGAGGAAUGUAGUGGCUGUGUGGAAGAUGGAAAAAAAGCAUCUUGAAUGUAGAAGGCAAAAUCAGUGAAAUUCUCCUUUUAGUAAUGUGUAGGUUUGUUUGGGAUCUUGUUUUGUUUUAUCGCAGUCGACUGUUUUGCUUUUGAUUGAAUUUGUCUGAGAUGAGAGGAACAGUAAUGUGACUGAGAGUCGGCCCAUGUUGAACUCUACUCUACAUGUUUUUUGCGUUCUGAUUAAAUCUCUCUGAGCCUUCGAAAGCCGUCCCUACUUCUAUAUACCCGAAACUUCAUCACAGCAGAGACACAGCACAAGUAGAGAGACAAUGACAGUAACAAUGGCUCCUUCUCACCAAUCACUCAUGUCGUUAUAGUUAAUAAAAUGCUUCCAUUCUUUACACGCAGCUCGCAGUUUGGGAUCUAAAGGUUUAGCAAAUAAAAAAAAAUUAAAUUAAUCUUA